UUACUUUUGUAUAAUUCUACAAGAUUUAAUUUGGAAAUUAAAAAGUGUUUUUAUGUAAUUUAAACUCAAGCAUGUUACAAAAUAAUGGGCCUUUUGGCCCUAAUGAAGUGUCAGUAAAUCCUCAAGCAAAUAUGACCAUUAUGAGUGGACAGAAUAUGAGUGUUGAAAACAAUUUAAAUAAUCUAAGCAAAAUCUCUCAACCAUUGCCUCAUCCGACGAAUGCAUUUCACCUACCAGACUAUGUCAAUUACGGACUAAACAUGAACUCAACCAUAAGUCCAUUUCAUAAUUUUAACCAGGUCAGCUAUCAACAGAAUUUGAUGUCGCAAAAUGCCUUACAGGAUUCUUGGCAGCAGAACCCCUUGCCAAUGACCCUUAACACUCAAAAUGAUAUUUCUGCUCAUGGGUACUAUGAUAAAAAAUUACAAUCUCAAAGUGAUGUAUCUAAUAGUUACAGCAGAAACAUGCUAAACAUCCCUCAAGUUUAUUCAAAACAAUACAAACACUUCGGAAUGGAGAGUUACCAACAUUACAACCACGCAAUAAAUGGUUUUAAUCAAUAUUUUGAUCACAAUUUGGAUUUAAGACUGAAGCAACAAAAACAGCCUCAAACUAGACAGUAUUCUGAUGUUCAACUUGAAGUUCAAAAGCUUCAAAAACCAGCAGAAAGCUUACAACAAAUCGAUUUGCGUACCAAUGUGCAAAAAAACUGUGAAAAGUUGUCUAAAACACAUGAAUCAAGGAACUUUGAUACAACACAGCCCUUUAAUCAUGGUAACUUGGAUCUUAAUUGUAAGCAGUACACCAACAGCAUAAUAUCAGAAAAGUCUGAUAAUUUUACAGAAAAUUGUCACUACAAUAAAGUUUCUAAUACACUUCCAGAGGAAAAAAUCUCUUACACUGAUCAAAAUUUAGAUCUAUCUACAAAAUAUCAAAAACCUGAGCACAAUUCUGUUGAAGGUGCUGAAAAACUGCCUAUGGAUCAAGCGAGACGUAGAAAUCUUGCAAAUACUGUUAAAAUGAUAGAAGAUAUUCUAAAUCAAACAACUAUAGCUCGGCAGAAGGAAAUAGAAGUCCAACAAACUAAAGCAAUUGCAUGCAGUACAGAUAAAGAGGAAAUAACCCUCAGGAAGGAUCAUGAUAAAAUAGAUGAUAAUUCUAGAUUAAGUGAUAAAAGCUAUGAUGAUUCCAAUUCCAAAAUUGAACAAAUAUUCCGAAGUGAUGAUGAUGUAAGUAAUAUUAGUACAUGUGAGAGUAUAGUGAGUCAAAAGAAAGAUGUAGAAAAUAUGGAAAUCCAUAAAAAUCAACCAUUAAUUGUAAAGCAAGAACUUCCAAUGGAAAGUGAUAGCUCUGAAGGUUCCGAUGAUGAGAUGAAAGACAAAGAUGUUGUAGUUAAAAUAGAGAUAGAUCCCGAUUUAGACAUACAAUACCUCUACCCAUUCCUCAGAGAUAGCUCUGGUGUUAAAAAAGACAGCACAGAAAAUUUUAAGGUCCAUGAGACAGAACAGAGUAUAAACAUUGCUAAGGAAGCAAUAAAAAAUGGUAACUUUAGUAAUCUGGAGUAUUUCGAAUGCCCCUAUUGUAAUUUAUGUUUUAAUCACCCAAAAAGAUUUCUUGUCCAUGUCAAGUGGCAUUCUUUUGGAUUGACGAAUGAAAAGAGAGAGGAGAUGCAGAAAGCCAAAGAGAUGAGAAAGCAGUUGCAGAGAGAGGCGAGAGUUUUAGAAAGAAUUAAAAAAGACGAAGUCACAGAGGCAGAGAGCACAGAGGGCAAGAAUUAUAACUGUAAAGACUGUGAUAAAGUUUUUUGUAAAAAAUCAAGUUUGAGAAAUCACCAACAGAGGUAUCAUCCAAAUAAGAAUCGGGAGUGUAAAAUUUGCGGCAAGGUGUUAGUUGGGUGGAAUGCUCUGAGAGAUCAUCACCUCACACAUGCGGGAGAGUCAGGCUACCAAUGUCCAGAGUGUCCAAAAAGGUUUAAAUACUCACAUUCCUUGGCUAAACACCGGGACACUCAUCUGGAAAAAACACAUGCUUGUCCCCGAUGUCCCAAGAUGUUUGGCUCUGCGGCUCUUUUAAAUGUACAUAGUAAGACGCAUGAUAGAAUGUUGCGGGGAGCUACAUUCAGAUGUACAUAUUGCGGCAAGGGCUUCUUUGAGUCUUAUCAUUUACAGGCCCACGAGAGGACUCACCGUAAUGAGAGACCUUUUGUAUGUGAAAUCUGCAAAACAUCAUUUGGAACUAACUCCGGGCUCAAAAGACAUUUAAAAGUUAGUCACAGCACAUCUAAGCCGUUCGAAUGUACAAUAUGUCAUCGGUCGUUUAUCUCUGAGGCAAUCAGGGACAGGCAUGAAAUGCGAAACCAUGGCAACCCAGAAGACUUCAAGUUCCUCUGUAAGCAAUGCCCCUGUAGGUAUUUGAAGCAAAAAGACCUUAGGAAACAUGUUUACAAAGUACACCCAAAAGGAAAAAGAAAGAAGAAAUCUCAAUCCGAGAGUGAGUAGGAAUAAAAAAUACAGAGUCCACAACUAGAAAAUAGCGCAAAUUUUUAGAAACUAAAAAAAAUAUUCUUGGUGAUAUCACUAAAAUUAUAGUUAGAUUGAUAGAUAUAGUAAAUUUAAUGGUUUAAAAAAUUUUUAGAAUCAUAUUAUUGUUUGAAAUUUUGAGUUAUAGUAUUUAUUUUCUUAAUUUAUUAAAAGACAAGUG